AUGGGGGAUCAAAAAGAAGGACAGGAGCAGAAUGGUGGCUUGUAUGGGGCUUUGGCUGGCGCCUGGAACUAUGCAACAACUUCGAUCAGCAGUCUACUGGGAUUUGAAGACCUGGACGUGGUCAAUCCUGACGGCUCCCGAGCAGAAGAAGUGAAAGUUGAUGCAAACGACAAACGGGUGGUGGCGUUCACCAACUACAAGGACUACAUCGGCAUGGACCUGACAUCACUGGUGACGCUGCCAGUGUGGAUCAUGGAACCCUACACGAUCCUGCAGAAGGUGGCUGAGAUCAUGGAGUACACCGAGCAGCUGGACCGUGCCGCUGCCACUGAAGACCCAUACGAGAGGCAUGUCUGCGAUCAUCAUCCCCUGCUGGCAUGGGUGGCUGGCUUCUGCAUUGGACCCUUCGGUGGCAACGAGCGGCCAUGGAAGCCAUUCAACCCCAUUCUUGGCGAGACCUUUGAGCUGGACCUCCCAGAGAAUGGAGUGCGCUUCCUAGCAGAGCAGGUGAGCCAUCACCCGCCCGUCAGCGCGGGGCAUGCAGAGAACGACAAGUGGGUGUAUGACAUUGUGUCCGCGCCCUCCACCAAGUUUCUGGGCAACAGCAUCGAGAUCUACCCCGUGGGGCGUUCUCGGAUCAAGCUGCGGCGGACGGGCGAGGUGUUCAGCCUGGUGCCGCCCAACAGCUCGGCCCACAACCUGAUCGUGGGCAGCACCUGGGUCGACUGCCACGGCGACUUUAGUCUGCUCAACACCUCCACUGGCGCCAAGUGCUCCCUCUACUUCACCCCCUGCGGCUGGUUCAGCUCCGGCCGCUACGAGGUGUCGGGGCACGUGUAUGAUGAGGAGGGGAGGAAGGUGCUGGCGCUGUCUGGCGCCUGGAACAGCCACCUGGAUAUGGCCAAGUGCGACGAGGAGGGAGACCCCCUGCCCGAUGCCAAGACCAUCCGCCUGUGGGAGUGCAAGGAGAAGCCGGAGGGUGACAAGUACGGCUUCACCUAUUUUGCGCGCAUGCUCAACAGCGGCAAGGGGCUGGCCCCGCUGCCCUCAGACUCCAGGAGAAGGGCCGACCGAGCUGCUCUCGAGCAGUGGGGCGAUGUGGGCACUGCUGGAGCAGAGAAGUACAACCUGGAGGAGAUGCAGAGGGCAGAGCGCAAGGAGAGGGAGAGGAGGAAAGACUCGUGGGCGCCCAGGUGGUUCCGCCCGGCCAAGGAGACUGAGGUGUACCCGGCCGAGUACUCUCUGGAGGAGUGCCCCAUGUGGGAAUUCACCGGACACUACCUCAAGCAGCCCCGCACCCCAGCCACGCCUGAAGAGGACUGCGCUGGCAAGGAGUACUGCCCGUGGGUGUACCCAGAGAUCCACCAGGAAUUAUCCUAGGAGGGAGCUGCUAUGGUUCUUACCGUGCUCCGUGCCAUUCACCAAUCUAAUAAGACCAGCGGAUUGCAUUGCUUCAACUUGGGAGGCAGUGCAGUGGCGAUAGCGUGGCUCAUCUUGCUGCCUGUAAUAUUUGCGUUAUCGUGUUGGGUACGGGCAGAUAUUGGUAGUACCUGUAUUGUAUUGAGUUACAUGGCAUCUGUUGCCGCACGCCGAGCAUUGCUGUCCCUUGUGUGCCAAUUUGCUUCAGCAGAUGUCGAUAGCAAGUAUGAACAGCUUCAGCCUACAUGAUGGCCAUUACACCAUAAUUUACAUUCUUUGAUUUCGGAGCUGCUUCGUCUCAGGGGUCUCAUGGCAUCUGCUGUAUGGAUUGUUCAGAGCUCCGAGCAGCUGCAGGCUAUGGGGAACUGCCAAUUAGUAGACAUGAAACCUUGCAGGUGCAAGAGAGCAGUCCCCCAAUGACUGAUGUGCUUUUUUACAUUGCCGCUUGGGGACAGUUCGAUUGUGUACAGCUUUUGCAAGUGCAUGUGUAUGGGAACCUGACUGGCAUACCCAGCAGAUCAGGAAAAAUUUCACACCAAUUCAUCUGUAAUAUACUUUCAAUGCC